AUGCAACUAGGAAUUACUCCUGUUAUAUAUUUCCUUUCUUUUCCUUCUUUUUGCUAUUCAUUAUCUAUAAUUCGACUUUCUUUCUUUUCAUUCCUUCAUAAUACUCUCUCUUCUUACAUCUCGAAAUUUCUACCUGCGCAUAUGUCACCAGCAACAAACACAGUAAAAUUCUCUUUCUCCUUCCUAUUUCUCUUUUUUCCCCUUGUUCAUUCCAACGCUUUCAGUCUUCUAGUCUUUCUCUUUUCCAUCUUCCUUAGCAAAAUGGACGUCAUCCCGAGAGAAUUAGUGUCCAGCUUCUCUCGUUUAUCUACCUAUUUGAAUGUAAUACACUAUCUCUCUAUCUAUCUAUCUAUCUACCUAUCUAUCUAUCUAUCUAUCUAUCUAUCUAUCUAUCUAUCUAUCUCUUUUUGUAGAAUUCUUAUUUCUGUCCGGUUGACUCUGCAUGUCAUUCAUGUGAUUUUUUUUAAAGAUACGUUUUCUUCCUUGUAUGCCAUGAGCUGCAUCUUUCGUUUCACUAUCGUCUCCUUUUGA